UAUAUGUUAAUAUAUAUAUAACAUUCCGAACGAGUAGAUUACACACAAGUCACACAACAAUAGAAAUGUUGCCAACGUUACUUUGUUGCUUAGCUUUUGCUGGGAUUACCUCAGCUAGUAUUUCCGGUCACAUCGCAUCGGGUACCUGUGUAUGUCUCACAACGGGCGGUGUACACGCCAGGAGUGGGGCUGGCCUCAGCCAUUCUAUAUUGGCCACCUUGAACUCCGGCGAGUGCUACAAAUUUAAUGGUGGAAUUCUGACACAUGACGGGUACCACUGGUACGAGCUUCAGGACGUGCACGGACAUCACAGAGUUUGGGUUGCCGGGAACUUUCUAAGAACGUCUUCUUCCUCACACUGUAGCGGUAGUGGGACUAGCACGGGGACGUCCGCUCAUGGAAGUUUUACUUCAGGCGUUGUAUCGGCACAUUGCCUAUCAUGCAUUUGUCAGCACGAGUCUGGAUGUAAACCAUUAGGAUGUGCUUGGGAUGUAAACUCUGACUCCUGUGGAUACUUCCAACUGAAGGACGUAUACUGGCAGGACUGUGGGAGGCCAGGAGGGUCUCUGGCAGCCUGCGCUGCUGACCUCCACUGUUCAUCAGGUUGUAUUCAGAAGUACAUGUCUAGAUACAUAGGAGGUUCAGGAUGUGCUCACAACUGCGAGAGCUACGCUCGGAUUCAUAAUGGCGGACCUGCCGGAUGUCACCAUAGCAACACUCUUCAUUACUGGAACGCAAUUCAACAUGCUGGAUGCUCAGCUAACAGCUAAAUGUUUCUAAACAAAUUCUGAAAUAAAAACGGUGAUCUUUCUGAACACA